CCGAAAAAAAUAUACAAAAUUAAAUCUAACAUUUCAAACCCUUAAAAUUGAUUUAGAGAAUGUUUGACAGGGACAGAGAUCUUGACAAGACAAUCCUCGUGGGAAACAUCCACAGCUGUGUGACGGAGGAGAAUCUGUUCGAGUUGUUUCUGCAGGCUGGGCCGGUAAACAAGGUGCAUAUAUUCCGAGAUGGACAGCAGGCUCCUUAUGGAUGUGUUUAUUAUAAGCAUGCUGAAGCUGUUCCGUAUGCAGUAGAACUUCUCAAUGGAAUCUGGCUCUAUGGGCAGCCAAUCAAGUUACAAUGUAAAAUUGGUGGCCAUUAUCACAGAAAUCACAUGCUUGCAUACCACAUGGAGAAUGGACUGAUAGCAAACAGUGCGGAUGCUGUGCACCAGGACAAUAUGGUUUUGAAUUUAAAUGGCAGUCCAGGUGUGGAGAACCGUUCUAAUGAAGCAUGUGGCUGGAGUGACAUGGUAUACAGCAGCAGGCCUCUGGAUGUGUGUCCUCCAGUUGUGUGGUACUGUCCACCCCUCCAGCAGUGGGUGAACUCUGGAUACCCUCCUUGGACGUCCUGUCUGGAUGAGAAUCUGUUGCUCUAUAGGUCAGCCAGCACCAGAGAAGGUUGUGCAAAUAGACAACAAUACAGUGGACGCUGUACAAGCAUCCUGACACCUCUUGCACAAAAAAGUACACCAUAUAUUCCAGUGAGUGCUUUUGGUGGCACUGAUUCAGACUGUAAGCUGUAAAUCAGUGAUAUCUGAGUGUGAAUGCUCUAAUAAAGCCAUCAAAAUGCA